AUGAGUAGCCGCCAUCUGCCGGCUGGGCAGCACAUGCAUGGAGCAUCUGGGGCCAUCGCCGGCGCCGAUAUGGGUCACGGUCCUGGCGCAGGAGGUCCUCGGCGGAGGCAGCCUCAGUAUGUGCCGCAUUAUCACCAACAAAUGCCUCCCAUGUAUCCCACCAACUUCGUGUCCUACGCGCCGCAGCAGUACUACAGCAUUCCUCCGCAGUACAGCAGCAGCGGAAUCCCGUCUCCUGGAUACCUGCCUUACCAACAGUAUGCGAGGUCUCCGCCCACCAUGCAUCAAUACGUCCCCAUGGUGGGCGUGAGCGUGUCUCCAAACUACCCUCGCGCUUCGCAGCAGAGCCCGAGCCUUGCGACACCAUAUCAGCCUCCUCCUGCUCCAGUUCCGAUCCCGCCGCAAACUCCGUCGUCCACACACUCCUCGCACAUGAUUCCUCCUCCAACCCCCCCGACGCCUUCCACUCCCCAAGCUGGCGAAUAUGCAUCGUCGGCGCAGCAUCCACAGCCGGUUGCGUCUCCUCCUAUUUCGGAGCGGAAACCCUUCCUUCCUCCUCUUCCAUGGCUGUCCAUGCCCGAGUCGAAAUUCCCCAAAAGGACCCCCCGACUCAGGACGAAAAGAAAGCUGCUUCCAUCCAACGAGGAGACUGUUUUCUUUUCGCUGCAGCAACACGGAGCCAUUCUCGAAAAACCACCUACAGCCGCCUCUCAGCACUCCAAGUCGGCUGAAGAAGCAAAGCAUACUUCCGACGCUGACGCGCGGGAACCUGCGGAGCACAAUCAGGCCGAAGCCGAGCCCCGGAAUCAGAAUACGGACGCGUCCAAUUCCAACGCAGAGGAGAGUGUUGCUCAGCCCAAAGAUGCACAUCAGCCUGCUACAGCUGUGACGAACGGUAACGAUGAUAAAGACGCGGCGGACGGGUCCGCACUAGCUGAGAAUGCGGCCGGCCCGUCGGCUCAGGAAGCUGGCACUCCCGGGAAACCGGCCGUGGCAAGCACUUCCGUACGGGCUGCCCCAAUCAGCUGGGCGAAGCUGUUUUCUCCGGUCAAUCAGGCUGCAUUCUCCUCAAACGGGCUUGGCCGUGUGGCUGUCGCCAACGGAGAACAAUCGAGGCUUGGCAAUAUCUCUGGAUCAGACUUCCAUGAAGCCAACAAAAGCUCCUUGGCAGAGGUGAUUCGAAACUUUCAGGUCAACAGCACCGGCAGGGUCGCACUGAUUGAGCCUCGUGGUCUCAUCAAUGCCGGCAACAUGUGCUACAUGAACUCGGUUUUGCAAGUCCUCGUGUUUUGUACUCCCUUCUACGACUUUUUAGAGAAGCUGAGCAAACGAGGUUCCCACAGUUUCAAUAGCUCGACCCCUCUCGUCGAUAUACUGGUUGUCUUCAUGCAAGAAUUCAAAGUUCUUGCCUCUGGCUCCUCUGCUGAGCUCUGCAACUCUGUCAAGACGGAGAUGUUCGAGCGAUACGGAGAGCCGUUUACCCCUGAAUUUGUAUACGAUGCCAUCAGAAAACUCUCGCGGUUCGCUAGCAUGGAACACGGCCAUCAACAAGAUGCUGAGGAGUUUCUCGGCUUUCUGCUGCAAUCUCUCGACGAUGAGUGUUCCCACAUCAUGGGUCAAACUCUCGGCAACGAGGAACAGCCUAUGCCAGAAGUCCCGGCCCAGCAAAAUGGUACCGACGCAUCAGGGGAUUGGCUCGAAGUGGGACGAAAGCAAAAGGCUGCCGUUACUCGGUCAUCCGGCUCCAAAUCUUCCAGCCCCAUUACCAAAAUCUUUGGUGGCCUUUUGCGAUCCGAGCUCCGAGUGCCCGGGUUGAAGGACUCCAUCACCACGGAGCCUUACCAGCCACUGCAGCUAGACAUCGGGUCACCAGAUGUCCGCAACGUGGUGGACGCUCUCCGGGGCCUCACCCGACCUGAGCGUCUUCAGGGCGACUUCAACUCUCCCCGUGGAAAGGACGUCAUGGCUACCAAGCAGGUCUUUAUCGAGACCCUGCCUCCGGUCCUGAUCCUGCACCUCAAGCGGUUCCAGUUCGAUGCCGAGGGCCACGGCACCAUCAAGAUCUGGAAGAAAAUCGGGUACCCGCUCGAGCUUGGGAUUCCGCGCGAGGCCCUGUCCCGACAACGGCGCCAAAUCAUUGGCGAAGGGCCCAUGCCCCGUUACAAGCUCAUCAGCGUCGUCUACCAUCACGGAAAGAACGCAAGCGGCGGCCACUACACGGUCGACGUUCGUCGGCAAGACGGGCGCGAGUGGAUCCGCAUGGACGACACCGUGCUGCGCCGCAUACGCAGCGAGGACGUUGCCGAGGCAGGGUCGGAGGACGACGCCGCGGACAUCUGCAGGGAACAGUCGCCUGCUUCCAACGCCUCGACCAAUCGUUUCGGCGUAAUGCACGAGCAAGACGCUGCCGAGGAAGAUGGGUGGAAGCAGGUCACGACUUCGGCCACUGGAAGCAAGAGAUGGAGCAAUGUCGCCAACGGCGCAAACGCGGCGGGUAGCAAGGAGAAGCAGGUCAAGGACAGCAACAGCAAGGACAACAAAGUUGCCUACCUGCUGUUGUAUCAGCGCAUGUAG